AUGCGAUUUCUCAACGAUAAAACCGCCUUUGUCAUUGAUUCUGCCAACCAUCGCGUUCUGAAAUUGAGUCUCACAGAAGACUCAAAUAAUUUCCCGAUCGUGUUGAAUUCCACCGUUUUCUGUGCUCCCACCAAACCAGAGGCUAUGAUGGAGCCGAACGACCUGACCCUUUCGCGGAGUGGCACUGUUUUCACUUCCGGAAUGAUGUUCACCACUUUUCCGCACAAUAGGGAAGGAGAUGUUUGGAGUUGUACGAAAAAUGGGGAGGCAAAACGACUGGAAUUGAUCGGCCGCACGAACGGGAUCGACCUUUCGUUUAACGAAACGCGUCUCUACGUCUCCGAAGGAACGCCAUCCGGUCAACGGAUCUGGGUUUACGAGGUGGACGUCCAUGCCGGCACCAUUUCCGGGAAACGGUCGUUCGCAUUUUUCGAGUAUCCCGCCGAUUCCGCCCAAUCCAUCGCGAUUGACGGGAUGAGGACGGAUGUGCAGGAAAACUUAUGGGUGACGAGGUACGGUGGGAGGGAAGUCGUCGUUUUUAACCAGCAUGGAAAACUCAUUGGUCGAGUGGGAGUAUCGUUUCAGAAUCCGACUAAUUUGGAAUUUGGGGGAGAAAACGGCACCACCCUCUUCAUCGUGGGACAGUGCGAAGGAGCCGAUGCGGGAUGUGUGGAUAGUAUUCAAGUCGCCACGCCGGGGAGAUCUUGGACCAUUUUACAGUAA